AUGGGAUCCAACAUUCCAGGUGCCGCUGACACGACGGACCUGGGCUGCAGGUACGGCAAUCCACAGAUGUGGGCCCACUGCGGAGUUUGCUGUGGCAUCCGCCCGCACUUCAAUUGGGUAAUCGGAACCUGCGAGGAGACGCAGGGCACGGGUCAGUUCUGUGCCAAUCUGCCCGACUGCGUGAUCAAAGGGUCUCCGAAGAUCAACUAUGUGGCUGCAUACCAAUACAAUGGCGGCGUGACCCCGCCAGCAGGCUUGUGGAUCCUCAGCGCUGAAAACUUUUACUAUGGCGCCUUCUACAUGCUGUCCCAGUUGGGAAUUAACCUCGAAGGUCAAGGAAAUCCAACGGGCACCAACUGUUGGAUGUGGGAGUUGGACCCGGUCGAGGGCUCUCAGCGCUUCGAAAACCUGUGGGACGAGCCCUACGUCUUUGCGGUUGUUGUGGAUGCCAAAGGUUACUGGGUCUACCGUUGGCGGCCCAUGGCGUACAUCAGCCAGGUUGGGCAAGCUUUUCGUUCAGCUGGGCUCUUGUUCACGAUCUUACAUUCAAGGUUUCACUUCGGACUUAGAGGGUUUUUACAGAGUUUUGUGGGUUGUAUCAGGGUUGUGUAA